AUGAAUGUUGCAAUGGGAUGUACAAUCGGACGGAGAAUUAAAGGAACCGGGCUUUAUCACUGUAAAUACAGAAAUCCGAUUUGUCCAUCGGAAAGUAAUUUUGUGGAAGACGAUGUGUUUAUAGUUUGUUGUUGUGAAGGAUAUCAUUUAUGUAAUCAUGACAUGACCGUAUACCAUGCCAUCAAUCGCUUUCCUGAAUUUUUACAAAAUCCGUUAUGCUCUCAGCCAUCAGCGUUCAGAUUUGUAUUCCUUCCGAAAACAUAUCCAUAUUGUGCAGUGCAUUAUGAUUAUGUAUUAAAAAAAGUAGUCUUUCUACAAACUUAUCUUAAUAUGGAUUUGCUACGAGAGCAAGAUCACAAAGCUUAUGAACAAGAAGGCUGUCAAUUUAUUGAAACAAAGCCACAAUUGAAUAUACCAUACGACUGUAAUGAUGAUUUAUAUAAACGUGAAGACACAUCAAUCGGUCGAAUUACAUACUUAUGCACAUGUGCUGGCAAACCUUUAUCAGAAAGCUAUUACGCAAUUUGCACGUAA